AUGGCCCAAGUAGCACCUGCUUCAUCAUCAACAAGCAGCACGUCUGACAACUGGAAGACUGGCCUCAAACCACCACCAAAAGACCUGCGACCCCAAACUGAAGAUGUCACGGCGACCAAAGGACUCGAAUUCGAGGACAUGAGGCUCGGUCGCGAGCUGCUCAUGGGCAUCUUCGAGGCUGGGUUCGAGAAGCCGUCCCCCAUCCAAGAAGAGGCCAUCCCCGUCGCCCUGACCAAGCAAGACAUCCUCGCCCGCGCAAAGAACGGCACAGGCAAGACCGCCGCCUUCGUUAUCCCCUCUCUCCAGCAAAUCGACGUUGCCAAGCCCAAGAUCCAAGCCCUCCUCCUCGUACCAACACGUGAGCUGGCGCUCCAGACAGCCCAGGUCUGCAAGAUUCUAGGGAAGCAUAUGGGCGUACAGGUCAUGGUCACCACUGGCGGCACAACCCUGAAGGACGACAUCAUCCGAUUGAGCGAUACCGUGCAUGUCCUCGUCGGCACGCCUGGCCGGAUAUUGGAUCUGGCAGGAAAGAACGUGGCCGACUUGAGCGAAUGCCCUGUCUUUGUUAUGGACGAAGCCGAUAAACUUCUUUCGCCCGAGUUCGCGCCCGUCAUGGAGCAGCUGUUGUCUUUCCUCCCUUCAGAACGACAGGUUAUGUUGUUCAGCGCAACUUUCCCUAUGAUCGUCAAGGAUUUCAAGGACAAACACAUGCGUUCCCCAUACGAGAUCAACUUGAUGGAAGAACUGACACUACGCGGUGUGACCCAGUACUACGCCUACGUCGAGGAGCGACAAAAGGUCCACUGCCUCAACACCCUCUUCUCCAAACUCCAAAUCAACCAGUCCAUCAUCUUCUGCAACAGCACCAACCGAGUCGAGCUUCUCGCAAAGAAGAUCACCGAGCUCGGCUACUCGUGUUUCUACUCGCACGCAAAGAUGCUCCAGUCGCAUCGUAACCGCGUCUUCCACGAUUUCCGAAACGGCGUCUGCCGCAACCUCGUCUGCUCGGAUCUCCUCACCCGUGGUAUCGAUAUCCAAGCCGUCAACGUUGUCAUUAACUUUGACUUUCCCAAGAACAGCGAAACCUACCUCCAUCGUAUCGGUCGAUCAGGUCGAUUCGGUCACUUGGGUCUUGCCAUUAACCUGGUGACAUACGAGGACCGAUUCAACCUGUACAAGAUCGAGCAAGAGUUGGGUACCGAGAUUCAGCCCAUUCCUCAGUCCAUCGACAGGAGCCUGUAUGUCGCUCCUAAUGCGACGGAGGAUCAGAAGCAGAAGCCUUUCCAGCACCAAUCUCAACAGCAGCAGCAGAUGCAACAACGUCAGGUUGCUGGCCCCGCACCACCCAGGAACGGACAAGUGCCCGCUCAGCAGCAUCCCCAGCAGCAGCAGCAACAACAACAGCAGCAGCAGCAGCAGGUCGCGUAUAACCAGGGCAUGCAACAAAGGCAGAACGGCCAGCCCCCUCGAGUGCAACAACAGCAACAACAACAACCCGCAUAUAGAGGAGGCGUCCCCGUCGGACGAUGA